AUGCAAAGUUGUCCACCAAACGUUCUCAUUCAACGUUUGUCAAUAGCCGAUGCGAAAUUGGUCGAUGACCUUUGGGAAUAUAAAUCGCCAUUCUCGCUUGGCUGUAUUUUGUAUCAAAUCGAACAUUUACCGACGUUUGGUGCAUACCAUGCUGGACAAUUAGUCAGUUGGUCUCUGACACAAUUCGACGACUAUGUCAAUGGAAGAUACUACAGUGAUCAAGAUUCAUUAGCUUCAUCAAUACAUCAAUGUCUGAACAGUGUGUCUGAAGAUGAAUUUACAGUAGUUAUACAAAAAGUUCUAGAGCAUUGA